ACACAAAACAAGAAAAUGGAUCUCGGCCCGGACCAGAAGAGGCGCAGGAAGUUCAAAAACAAGAACCGUGAGGGGUGGGAGUCGAAGGAGCGUCCACCGCGAGGUCAGUCCACGUCCAAGCAAGGCGUUUCGCCAGUACUGAACCUCUCCCGCCGUCCGGACCCUUUCCACUGGCCUAUAAUGUCGGAACCACAGGCAAAGAGAUUGGAGGUGAUGUUCCAGAGGCACAAAGCUACCAUCAACAACCGCAAGAGCGCCAGCUGGCUGGAAUUUCAGAAGUUCGAUCAAAUGUACCAGCCCAAUGCUCUCGCCGUCCAGAUCACCACUUAUGCCGAUCUAUUUAUCUUCGGCAUGUCUGAAUGCUGCAAUGCUGUUAACAAGGGCAUGUGCUGGGCCGCGAUCGUCGAGGCCCUGGUAUCGCCGCGCACCAUCAUGCUGCCUAUUGUGGAGCGGUGCCUCACGAGCGACAUACCCAUAGUGUGCAUGGCAGACCUCAGGAGGAUCACUUUCGGACACUACAGCGAGUUUACAAGCUGCGUCGGCAUCAGGAGGGGAUGCCUACGCGAAAUCAGGAAUGCGAUACUGGACAUAUCCAACCAAUACAAAGCUAUGCAACUGCAAAAGAAACUCGCUUUACCAUCACUAAUGCCAGAUCAGAAGGAAAAGAACGAGGCCAUCAUCGCAAACUUAUUUGAUGUGAACCCAGUUGAAGAUAAGGAUAAAGAUAAGAAGAAAAUGUUAAAAUCAAAGCAUAAGGAGAUGAACAAGCCAUCGACCAGCGGAAUGUCGGUAUUUAGCAAACCGAGCUGCUCCAGUACUGCUACCAGCUCUAAAAAUGAGCAAAACGAGACCGGCAAAGAAGUGCUACCACCAGUAGCCAAUUUAAAAUUGGCGGUGAACGACUCUUCCGAGAAUUUGGACAAGAAGGCCUGGUUAAACCUGGAUAAGGAGGCGGUGGAGAUGACUGACUAAAUUAUUUUGGAACUAUAGCCUUGGAAGACCUACGUUCCUCAAGGAACGCGAAUCAACACAUCAAAAUUGUAUCUUAUUGAAUUUAAAUGGGAAAU